AUGCGUUUUCAAGGCUCAUCAUCUGGUGUCCAAAAGCAGGAAUACCCACUUACGAUUUUCCUAGAACCUACAGCGUCGACAAUCGUGUUUGGAUGUGCAGGAAUCCCACGCAGUAUACCACGGAUUGAGACAAUCAUACAUAUUAGAACAACCAAUGGUUCAUCAUUUUUGAUAAGAUCAAUUUCGAUUGUGUUGAUCACACGUCAGAAAGUGAUUGUGCCGGCCAAACUUGGUAGUACAGAAGCAUUUAAAGAAUUCAAGAUAUUUGAGGAUCCAUUGGCAUUUAAGCCAGUAAAUGGCUUUUCACAGCACGUAUUGGGAAUAGACUUGCCUAUCAUGAUACCUGUUCCCAAAGACAUAAUGCCCACGGGGUACCUGCCCACGCUUGGAGUUUCUACAACGCACUAUCUUGCUGUCAAGGUGGUUACUGGGGAGAACAGCGGCGUCGAAUCAUCAUUCAUUGAUACUUUUCCCAUUGUUAUCAAAACGUAUGAUACAUUACCGCUAUACCGACAAUUCAACGAGCCUGUGGUGGAAUUACAGAAGUCGCCCGAUAAUCAAGUGUUGGCGGAAGUAACCGUGCCAGUAACCUCUAUUGGUCCCGGUGACCACUUAGACCUACAUUGCAAAUUAAUGACCAACUCAGCGAAUAACAAAGUAAAGAAGCAUUUGGCAGCAAAGCAAGUCACUUUCCAAGUAAAGGAGUAUCUAGAGUGCUACGAUGGCGGACUACCUCCCAAAAAGGAAAACAAGCUAUAUACAAAAACCUUGCAAUUAAACAAGGAACUAAAUACUCAGGGGGAAAUCGAAAGCUUCAGCACAAAAUUUCCCAAACUUAAUGACAAUUUGGAAAUGUAUCAUGAUCCAACACCUUACAUCAUUGAAAACGAAGUUACCGAGGACAAUGGUACGACAAUUAUUGAAUCGGCAAAUAUCGCAACCCACAAGGCUAUUGAUAGCUUGUCUGAAGGAGUACCUAUCACUCAUCUUCAGAGUUUUACAGCACCGGGUAAGUUUUACUCGAUAAAAUUUGAGAUUAUUUUAAAAAUAAAACUAUCAAAAGCUAAAGAUUUUGAUAUUCAUCUACCAAUAACUGUUUGUCCCUUUGAUAGAAAGUCGAGCCAGAAUUUACUAAAGUGGAUCAUGCACGAAUGCGAGGUUGCUAAAGCUCGGUUUGGUCGCGAGUUUAUUGACCAUUUCUUCUCCGCAGUGAGCUAUGAUGCUAUUUGUAACCUAAUGAAUCGAUACAAGUCACCACCAGUCGUUUAUAAAUAUUGCAAGGAAGAUUGGAUCAAGUUGGGGUUUGCCGGUGAUCAAUUUGGAAGUAAUGAUAUGAAAAACUUGGUGCUGUAUAUUGACUAG